GAAGUGGAACAGCCCCUUCGCUUCCAAAGAAAGAGAGCUGCUGGGGCCAAUGCCGAGGCAUUUGGGGGGCAAGCCCGACGACAUAUCUCUUGUCGUGGGGGUUGUGAGGGAAAACAAAGAGGGUGGCAGCACACCCGGGACCUCAAACCCUAGACCCUAA